AUGCUUUUGAAGUAGAGCCUUAUUCUCUUUAGUAUUAUCAGAUUAGUUACUUUUAGCAUACUAAUAGGAGUUUCUAGCUAGGUUUACAAAUAGCAUUGGUGCGAUGACUCGUAGAAUUACAAGACUAUGAUUUUUUCUAUUAUAGGAUUAAUAGGAAUAAUAGUAUUUUUUAUUUUGAUGAUGGUCCUUGAAUUCGAGGAUGAGUAAAUAAAAAAAGGUAUUCAUGUAAUGACAGUUGUUGCUAAUUUUGUUUUUUACUUAAUUUUGAGUUUCUAAUCGCUCAAUUGUGCUGGUCUUGAAACUGUUUUUAUAAUUUAUGCAAUAACUGAAAUAGUCCUACUUUAUCCUCAGUUAACAUAGGUUCAGUCUAAUCAUGAAAAAGAAAGAUUCUUAAAAAUUUCUAUUUACUUAUUACUGAUUGAUUUAAGAAUUGUCUUUAAUAAUUUUUAUUAGAAAUAAGUUGGAUUUUCAAAAAUUUCAAAUGCACUGUUGGUCUUUUUAGUCAUCCUCUGUGUUUUAAAACUUGUGAUAUUAGUUUUAAUUAAUGAUGAGCUUCUAGAUAUUCUUUUGUAUGCUAUCUAUGGAGCUAAUUUAAUUUGCUCAAUCAUUCCCUUUUUCUGCAGCUAAAAGCCCUCUGAUAUAGUAUUUUGUGGCCUCCUCGCCUUUUUUUUUAUUACUGUGGACUGGGCUUUCAGUCAUUUUAUUUUAUAAGAAACAAGAGUUGAUAGAGACUUAGAAGUUUACUAUGCGUUAAAUUUAGUAAUUGGGUUUGCAGGCAUAAUAUUUUAUUCAGUGGAUGAUUUUCAAAACCACAGUCUUAAAGUAUGCGGCCAAACUUUCGCAGCUUUAACAAUAUUAUCAAGUCACAUCAUUCCUAAUAUAUAAAUGAACAAGCAGCUUUAAGAAGAAGUAGGUUUAUUUGUAUCUAUUGUGAACAUCUUGUUUGCAAUAACUUUAGGAUGUCUAACUAUUAACGGGACAGCAUACUUCAUAGAUAAUAUUGCUUAUUCUACAAUAUAUGGAGUUUUCACCUUAAUAUUCAUCCUUUUAAUAUCCCAUAAGAUAAUAGAAAGAAAUUAAGUUAAAGAAGGAGGAGCUUAAGAGGAAGCAAAAAAGAUUGAGUUUUCAGUUUUUUGA